AUGCCCCUUUGCAAACGGAACGAAAAGGUUCUUCGGUCCCUAGCGAGGACCGUAGGGAAGCUGUGUCAAUUCUUUGAUGAGAACCAGGUUUGGAAGAGUCUACUCUCCAACGUAUAUCGAUAUGAAAACGAGAAAUGCACCAAGUAUAACGAUUUUUUAAAAUCCUACUUAAGUAGCAGUGUGCAUUACUGUCCCACUAAAUCAAGCAAGAAAAAGCUGAGGGGCGAAUUGAUUAAGUACCUUCGACAUAAUUUAAAAAAUGGAGGCAAGGACCCCACGCAGGAUGUAUUCCUUGUAGGUUUUACAGCCAUUCGACAUUUAGGAAGAGUUAAGAAUUCGUUGAUGUUGGCGUUGUCGUCCACAGGGAAUUUACCGGAAGCGCAAAGUUACAACAGUAGAGUAUGUGUGGAGAGCAAGAAGAACAUAUGGCACUGUGAUGAGGAGAAGGAUUUGUUUAAAAAGAAUUUUCACGUAGUAAAUUUUGCUGCAGUGGACCAGGAUGAUUUUCCAGGAGAGGGAUCCAACGCCAAAGGGAAGAAGCGCGGAGGGGCCUACAGGCAUAGGGAGCAGGUACAGUCCCAGAGGGAAAAUACGAUUGGAGAGGUUAGUGAGGGGGAGGUAGUAAGCCGGGUUGAUGAGACAGACAACAAGGCGGACAACAAGACGGACAACAAGACGGACAACAAGACGGACAACAAGACGGACAACAAGACUGAAAGCAUGGCGAGUUCGCCGGUAAAGCGAACCAAAAACUGUAUCGUCUUGAAGAAAAACAAUCACAAGCAAGAAAUAAAAAAGGGCAUGAUCCUUGUGGCCCAUCCAUUGACAUCUAGCACCCUGUGGAACAGGUCCAUCAUACUAAUAACGCAUAGAGACAAGAGCAACCUCGUGUGCGGUAUUAUAUUAAACAAACACCCCCUGUACAAUAGCUAUAUGGGGAUGAGCAAAGAUAAGGAAAUUAUAAAUAUAUUAAACAAUCUUUGCUUGAAGAAACGGAAUAUUCUGAGUGAGUUCGCCGACGGGUUUGUGCAGGACAGUAGCGGUGGUCAUGUUAGUAGUGAGCGUAGUGGUGGCGUGGACAUAGCAUCAGGAGUGGCCCAUACAGUGAAGGAAGAACCACCAAUUGGAGAAGUGGAAAGCGAUGCAAACCGCAUGCAAGGGCAGGAAAUCUCAGAAAAAAACAACGAGCCGAAGAGGGAAGAAGAUGGUCUUGUCCUACUGCAGAAUCAGUGCGUCGCAAAGGAAGAAGAAAAAAAUGUCAUAGAAAAGAAGUAUCAAAUACAGACAAGGAGAGAAUCACGAUGUGACCACCAAAGCAGUGGUGAUGAAUUCCCAACAUUGAAAGAUUUGCAGGAAAUGUUUUUGAGGAUUCAGUUUAGGAGCUCAUCCAAACAUUAUGCCAACAGGCAGACCAAGCACAAGGACACCAUAGCUGGGGAUGGGAGCGCUGUUGGUAUCCAUGGAAAUAGAAAAAACAGUCUCUUCGUAAUGAUGGAUGAACAUCUUCUGGAUAUUAUUACACACUACAUUAUUAAAUUGAAUAAGGUUCCCAUCUACCUGAGGUUCCUGCCGUCGUACAACAUAGGAUCCAUCAUCGACAUAAAAAAGGAAAUUAAAAAGUUGCAGUUCUUAAAUGAAUUCUACAAAAUAUAUUUUGAAAAAUAUAACAAGUGGAAAGUUGUUGUGAUUAAUAAUCGUAUCCAUAUAUUUGAUAAAGAGAAAAAAAAAAAAAAAAAAAAAUUCUCCAGUAUAAGUAUGCAUGAUGAUUUGGGGGAAACAGCGUGUGUUGAUGCGAUAGAGGGAGAAGGUGCGUUGGAAAAAACGCAGAAGACGCGAAAACUUACUGAGGAGGAGAUACAACAGAUACACAGAAAGAUUAAGAAAUUUCAGGAGACCAAUGAGUUGUGUGACGAUGAGGUAGAGGAGGGCAAGGGUCGUAGUGAAGGAGGGGAUAGAAGUGAUAAACGUAAGGAGAGGCAAAAACGACAAAGGAAGAAAAGCAACGGAAGGAAAUCGGUGGGGAAAUCCGGCCCUAUGCAACAACCAGUAGAUGCAGAUAUCCAGGCGAACGAUGAAAACUGCAUAGCGGGGGAUGACCAGGCUGGAAGUGAAUAUGAAGUUGAUGAAGAAGAAAACGACGACGAUGAGGAGGAGGAGGAGGAAGACGAAUACAAUGAUGAGGAUGACGAAGAUGAGGACGACCUGGACGAUGAAGAUGAUGAAGAAGAUGAGGAUGAGGAAGAGGAAGACGAGGAGGAUGGUGAUGACGAAGUGGAAGAGAAAGCUUACCAAAAUGAAGAGAGUAGCGAGGGAGACAGGCUCAACCAAGUGCAUACAACACAGGAGCAGAUGGACAACUGCACCCCUGCUGAAGGAACACAAAUGAACAAAAGGAAACUAGAAGCAACAAUCAAUGGGAGAGAUACAGGGAAGAGGAACCCGUUGGAGAGGAACCCCUUGAAUUUCUUCUGGCUUGGGGGCCCCCUACCUGGACUAACCAUUCUCCACAACAUAAAAAAAUUUUCAAAAAAUACAGUCGUGAAUGACUUUAUAUAUGAGGGGUACAACGAAAAUGUGAAUCUAGCGAAUUCUUCGGAUAUGCAUGAAGUGGAUGGGAGGUCAGACGUUCUGGUCGAGCAGGGUGUUGCACCCCUAGAUGGAGUGAAAAAAGAAAGCGCCACCACAGAAGUACGUAAUCAUAAUGAAGAGAAUCUGUCAGAUGGAGAAAGCGCCUCGCGUACAGAUCCCAUGCACGUAGAAAUGGACAACCACAAGAUGGAAGGAAAAACAAGCGAGCAAAGUAACAAACUCAUCAAGAGGUUCAUCGGGAAAGCCACAUGGGACAUAAAUCAGCUGAUGGACGAGCUGAACAAUAACUAUUGGAUUGCCCUCAACUGUGACAACAAGGAAUUGCUUUCAAGCAUUAUUUUUAACACCGCCGAUAGUGUCACCGAUGGAAGUGCAUACAAGGGAGAGUUCUUGUGGGAGAAAAUUGUGGCGUCCAUAAGUAACGACUACGAGAACAUAUCCAAGAUUCCCCAAAGCGUGAUAGAUAGUGUACUACGUGAUUUCAGGGGCGUGGAGAGUGACUAG